AUGGACAAUGGUUGUGCGCCCUGCGCGAGUUCAGCAUUGCCUAUUUGCCGAAGCAGUAAGAAUACAUUUGAGAGAAAGAGUGGGAGUUUUCGAGGAGAUAAUGGUAACUCUGAUGCCAAUUCUAGCAUUAGCCUUAGUGACUGUAUGGGAAAGUGUUCGAAUGAUUGCAACUGCAAUGGUUUUACAGUUAAUAGCAAGGGCACAGGUUGUAUGACUUGGACACAAAAUAAACAGUUUCUUGAAGAUAAGUCUGGCCAAACUAUGAGAAAAUAUGUGUUGGUUGUAGCAAAAUCAUCUAAAGGUAAAUCUUUCGGUGAUGAAUGCUGA